AUGCCUCGAGACUCGCCCGCGAGUUCGGCGUUGAAACCCAUCAGCCGGUCCCCUUCGAGGGAUGCUCUACAGUUAGUCGGCCAGCUUGGUACAGAUGGGAUCGCCGAACUCCAGGCCGACCCCAACUAUCUUCUCCCAAGCCGCUCACAUCCUCCGCGAUCUCUAAAAGCUGCUCUGGAAGCAACAGAUUCGAGAAGAGACAGCUCUGGCUACACGACCUCUGACAGCUCCGAAGAAGACUAUGAUGCAUUGAAGCCCGAACCCUCUGCUGUUAUUGUUGGAAGUAAGGGUGGCGGCUUUGAGAAGGAGCAGGGGGAGCAGUCAAGGCUUGGAGUCAACGGAAAUAGAACCUACGAGGAAAUCAAAGUACCUAUCAAGGCACGACCGUCUCCGACAAGAUUGAAGAGUAUUCCGGUAACUCUCAAUAAACUGAAUGAGAAAGGACGCUACAUUCUAACUGCGGAUGAUGACGCACUAAGGGAGAUUUUAAGAGUUGGGAUUGAACGAGAGAAGUAUCCGGACAGGAAGAGAAGGAAGAAGUUCAGCGACCUGGUUUUCACUCGCCAGUUCACAGCUUUUGAUCGCCAAAACUCAGCUAGUGCAGAUUCUCCUUUCCAUGGAUUCUUUACACUCUUCUGGCUCGGAACUGCCAUUUAUUGCGCAAGACUAGCUGCCGAGAACUGGAUCAAACAUGGGAAUUUCUGGGGCACAAAUGAGAUCGCUGGUAUUAUGUUUCAUCGAGAUGUCAUGGUGCUUGGUCUUUCCGAUGGAGCUAUGUGCGCCGCUACCGGCUUCGGGCUGGUUCUUCAGAAGCUCGUCAAGGCGGGAGUUAUUAAUUGGGAUAGAGAAGGAUGGAUCAUUCAAAGUAGCUGGGAGGUAUGCUUCCUCAUACUCGUUCUUGGGUGGACGUUAUUUAGAGAAUGGCCCUGGACGCACACGGUAUUUUUUGUGCUUCACGGCCUUGUUAUGCUAAUGAAACAACAUUCAUAUGCAUUCUACAAUGGUCACCUCUCCGAAGUGUACAAAUCGCGCCAGACUUUGCAGUGUAAGCUGAAGCAGUUGGACAAUACUGAACCCGCACAAACUCCUUCAGAGACGACACCCAAGGUGUCCUCGUUAUCCACUUCAUAUCUUGAUCACAGACCGACUGCAUCUGACCUAAAUCAACGAAGACAAUACAGAAGAAGUUCAAUGGACGGGGACUCGAAGCUCAGAGAGGUUGCUGCUGCUAUCGAAUCUGGAGAGCCUCUCGACGUGGAUCAAAUCCAAACCUUUGCCCGCAUCAUGAAAUGGGAGAUUGAUGCCCUAUCAGAAGACUUGAAAGGAAAGUCCACCAGUAUAGCUAAUUCCUAUCCUGGCAACUUGACUCUGGCCAAUCACUAUGAAUACAUCGUGUUACCGACUUUGGUCUACGAACUCGAGUAUCCUCGUUCAGAUAGCAUCAGCUGGUACUAUGUCGCGGAGAAAGUUGUUGCAGUGUUUGGUGUCCUGGUAAUCAUGAACCUUGUCAGCCAGUCGUACAUCUACCCCGUCGUAGUUCGCGCACUUGAUAUGAAGGAAGCUGGUAUGACCCUGUCAGAGCGACUGAGAGUCUUCCCAUGGAUUCUCAGUGAUUUGAUGUUCCCAUUCAUGACGGAAUACAUGCUCUCGUGGUAUGUGAUCUGGGAGCUGAUUCUCAAUGUUCUGGCGGAAGUCACCUAUUUCGCGGACCGUGGAUUUUAUGCGGACUGGUGGAAUAGCGUUUCUUGGGAUCAAUUCGCUCGGGAUUGGAACAGACCGGUACACAACUUUCUUCUGCGCCACGUCUACCAUUCGUCAAUCUCCUCAAUGCAAGUCAACAAGAAGACUGCCACUCUGAUCACCUUCUUCCUCAGUGCAUGCGUUCAUGAACUUGUCAUGUGGUGUCUGUUCAAAAAAUUACGUGGAUACCUGCUCUUUCUGCAGAUGAUGCAACUCCCUCUAGUGUCACUGAGCCGCACACGCUGGCUAAAGGGCCGAGCGACUUUGGGUAACUUGAUAUUCUGGGUUGGCAUCUUCACUGGGCCAAGUCUCCUUUGCUCGUUGUACUUGAUUAUAUGA